UGUAUUGUCUUCAAGGCAUUUAAUGGCUGCCUCAAGAAACCAGCACAAACCAUUGAAGAGAUCAGAACCUGAUGGAAGUAACAGUACAGUCUCUCUACCAUGCUAAUCUUCCUCUAACCUCUUCAAUCUCUCGACUUCCGACCUCUCUUUUUCAAUCCAAGCCUCUUCUUCUUCAUUCUCCUCAUUCAUGGAAGCCACACCAAGCUGUUGGUGUUCGGAUCAGCGCCGUGCAAUUCAGGAAUAUUUCAGCUCUAAAUGCCUCCUCCAAUGGCGAUUCUCCAUCAUCAACCGAUGUUGCAGAAACUGAAACGUGGCUUCUUCAACCUGUUGGCGAUGGGGAUUCGAGGCACAUAGGUUAUAAAGUUGAAAUGCCAGGUGCUUUUGAAAUUGCCUCUAAUGAUGUUACUGUUGGCCGGCUUCCUCAGAAGGCAGAUAUGGUGAUUCCAGUUGCAACUGUGUCUGCUGUGCAUGCCCGCAUUCAGAAAGAAGGAGGUAACCUUCUGGUGACAGAUUUGGAUAGUACUAAUGGAACGUUUGUUGACGAGAAGCGGCUGAGACCUGGACUUGCUGUUCCUGUGUCUUCUGGAAGCUGUGUUACCUUUGGGGACACUCAUUUUGCUAUGUUCCUUGUUUCGAAACUAGAGAAAGUUGAACCACAACAAUCUGAAGAUAAACCAGAGUCUGAUAGCCUAGCUGGAAGUACCGAUCAAACCACUAGUUAACCUAACGAAGGACCUCCGAACUACAUUUUUUCCCCGAACUGUUUGUAUUCUCACGCAAUUUCUUUCCUUUGAAUCUGACGAGGCAUUAAAAUGUAUAAUUUCCCAAGAAAUGAAAUCUUCUCCUUGUCUUCUGUGGAAAAACCUGAAAACAUUUUUUUUUUUUUUUGGUAUGUUCUUUCGUUACAUGUAAAUUGAUUUGUGAAACAUAUAUAAGAAUUUAUAUAAGUUGAAUUAUUAGUCGCUUGA